UAAAAAAUCGUUUCGGGCUGUUUUUCCUCUGUCGGAAUACAUCUUUGCAUGAAUUUAUGAUGUGAAUGCAUUUGGGGUGGACUAAAUGAUCCAUUCUGGAAUUACCUGGACACGUAUUCGGAACGGUAGACUUGUGAACAGCCGCUAACAUGCCAAACUGGGGAGGUGGGAACAAGUGCGGGGCGUGCCAAGGGACGGUGUACCACGCCGAAGAGGUCCAGUGUGAUGGGAAGAGCUUCCACAAGUGCUGCUUCCUGUGCAUGGUCUGCAGGAAAGGUCUAGACAGCACCACGCUGGCCAUCCACGACAAGGAGAUCUACUGCAAAUCCUGCUACGGCAAGAAGUACGGGCCCAAGGGUUACGGUUACGGUCAGGGGGCCGGAACCCUGAACAUGGACCGGGGAGAGCGGCUCGGCAUCAAACCGGAGGAGACUCAGAGCCAUCGGCCCACGACCAACCCCAACUUCUCCAAGUUCGCCCAGAAGUUCGGGGGGUCGGAGAAGUGCGCCCGGUGCGGCGAGUCCGUGUAUGCUGCUGAGAAGAUCGUGGGAGCAGGCAAGCCCUGGCACAAGAACUGCUUCCGGUGUGCCAAGUGUGGGAAGAGUCUGGAAUCCACCACUCAGACAGAGAAGGAGGGAGAGAUCUACUGUAAAGCUUGUUAUGCAAAGAACUUUGGACCCAAGGGAUUUGGGUAUGGUCAGGGGGCAGGUGCUCUUGUCCACGCCCAAUAAUGAAGCAUGCCAACAUCGGUUAACAAGGGCACUGCCCAGAGUGGCAUAGCUUUGUACGUUUCUUUGUUACUGUGAAAAGCAUUUUAAUGAGUUGCGUUAUGGG